AUGGCUUCGUUCUUCGGUAGCAAGAAGGUUGCACCACCACCUGUCAUCCCGCCGCCUCCGACGCCUCGCUCGGGACCGACCAUCGAUGCCACGACUGUAAUAUCGUUGCUUGCUGUGCUUGCACUCCUCGCAGGAGCAUAUGCAGCCUCGAUUAAAGUUCUUCCCAAGACCAGUUCGCUGAAAAUUCGCAUCCUGUUUGUGUGGCACUUAUUCGACGCGCUGAUCCACUUCGUCUUCGAAGGCUCGUUUCUCUGGAAUUGUUUCUUCGUCUCGUAUUCCCUUCCCACAUCCUUCACCCACGCGUCCAUCAAGCAGCACCAGAUUACCUUCUUCACGCCGCCGGAUGUGUAUUGGUUGGGGAAAGAGGAUAAGUUGUUCGGUGCGAAUUAUGGUACCACGCCGUUCUCGCGGCUGUGGCAGGAGUAUGCGAAGGCGGAUAAGCGGUGGGGAGGCGUGGACCUGACGGUCGUGAGUCUGGAGCUGUUGACGGUGUUUGUGGCGGGCCCGUUGGCGUGCUGGAUCUGCUAUCUGCUGAGCAGGGAGGAACGGAAGGGCAUGUUGAAGAAGUGGUUUUGGAUGACGAUUCUGGCGACGGGGGAGAUAUACGGAGGCUGGAUGACUUUUGCUCCUGAGUGGUUGACUGGAAGCCCCAAUCUCGACACAUCGAAUUGGAUGUAUCUGUGGCUCUAUCUUGCAUUCUUCAAUGGGCUCUGGGUUGUCUUCCCGCUCUGGAUCUUGUGGGAAGCCUACCGAGCUAUGAGCCAGGCGAUGAGUCAGGCGGAAAUGGUGGAUUUGGUCAACUAUCUGAAAAAGGAAGAUUGAUCAACUCUCAACGACGUCACAGCUGGGUAAUCUAGUCUUUGCAUGUUCCGAGUCCUGGGAAAAGCGAGUUUGAUAGCAAUGUAGCCAAUGUCAUACACAAACAAAAUGCCAAUCCAGUUUUGCUUCC